AUCAACUGCCACCAUCGGCCAGACGCGUUUCUCGUAGCGCACAUGUAUUGUAGCGCCAAGAGUGAGCGAGUGAAACCGGCUUUAAAUAAACACAUUCAGUGCGAAUAGCUGGUAUUCGCCUUUAAGGUCUCUUGCAGAGCAGAAGUGAAUUGGAAUUUAGCGCAACUGUUCGAUUUUGCGAAAACUUACGAGUAAAACUGAGAAUUUUUCAACAACUUGUGAAAUUUGUUAAAGAAAAAUAUAUCAUUAUCUACAGAUAUUUGAAAAAGAACAAAUCUUUUCACAUUAAUCAAAUCAUUUUUUUCUAUUUAAACCGCACCCACUGCGAAUGAAACAACCAAAGAGCAUUUUAGUGAUACAAUAAUCACAGGAACAACAGUUUUUGUUUGUUAUAACACCACACAAGUUAACUAAAAGCCAGAAAACACGAAUAAAAAUCAAACUUUUGCCAAAAGUAGUCAAGUAAAAAAGUAGCUAAACGCGAAAAAGUUGCGUGAGGCACGCAACGAAUUGCAAUUUUCAGCCAUAGAAAAUUUGUGAAAACCUUAAGUGAAAAUUUUUAACGGCGAAACAGAAGCAAAUACACAUAGUGAAAGUCACAAAAGCGUACCCGCACUUCACGUACUGAAUACAUUUGAAAAAUUACAACAACAACAAGUAAAAAAGCGAAAUAAAUUUUUUCUUGUACACCACUUGCAUUUCUCGAGGGCAACAAAAUUGGUGCAGCAAAUUGUAUUCGCUUAGCUACCCAUACGCCACACGGCACUGACCAUAAAAUUGGUUCAAUAUUUACAGCAAAGCAACGCAACAACGGUGAUAGUAACAGUGAUACAAACAGAGUCCAUACCGACGACGACAACAACAGCCUUAAAAUGACAAGUGCAACAACCACAAAUCUAAAUCGCUCACAUAGUUUUGUGAAUGCGCUCAAGUGGUGGCCACUCCAGGGUCACAACCAUCAGUCGAACAAUGCAGCAGCAUCGGCAAAUGGCAGCGGGGGCACAGGAGGAGGCGGAGGCGGAGGCGGCGGCGGCGGUAGUGUUGUCGGCGGUGGCGCCAGUACGGCCAGCGGGUUAAGUUUAUUGGCGCAUUUACACAGUAAAACUGCGACUUUUGGCAGUUCGGUUGCAGUGCAAAAGCUGCGCGAAUCCAAGUGGUUCAAACGCGAUGAGCAACGUAUUUUCUGUGCUGUCGUCGAAUGUGGCUUCAUUGUCGAAGUGCGCAGCGCAAACACCAACAACAGUACAACUAAUAAACGUACUAUGCGCAGCAAUAGCAGCGGCAGCGGUGGCAGUGGUGUCGACGAAUAUGAUGUGGACGAUGACAAUGACGAUGAGGAUGAGGUGGCGCUGAAGCUGUCACUGCGAACGCAGGAUGAAAACGAAACACCAAUGACGUCAUGGUUCGGCAUUGUCCUGUGCAAAACGGCAAAAGACAAUAAACCCAAACCUGAAACCAUUGAAGUAUUCACCGUAAAAAUUCGUGAGAACGGUACAUUCAAAAUGGUCAAACUAACGCUUGAGGAUAUCUGGAAUCAAGGCUGGGAACUUCGUAUUAAUAAUUUCGCCGACAAGGAAAAAUCAGCGCAUAACGAAAAGGACAUACGCAAUCAGGUGUCGUUUGCGCGCAAGGCCAGGCAUAGUUUGUGGAACAACAACAAGCAUUUUGUUUAUUGGUGUCGCUAUGGCAGUCGUCAGCAGGAUGUGCGGAAGCGCCAGAUGUCCGAGUGCGUUAAAUGGGGCAGCGUAGGCAUGAACGCCGGCAUGCUGCUGCUGAUGAACAAGCAAAAAUCCUACUCCACAUCCAAGUGAGCGGAUGAUCUGCCUGUGCGGCUAGCAGCGUAGAAGUUUUCAGAUUUCAGCAAAUUCCACAAAUCCAGUGAGGAGAUUCGCGCUUGCAAUCAAACGAUCAAUCAAACAAAAUGGAGAGAGAUAAAGUGAAAAAUAUUGUACUGAAGACAAAAAAAAAACAAAACAAAACAAAACAAAACAAAACAAAACAAAAAUGAAAAGACCACAAAAAUUUUAAUAUAAAGAACGUGUAUGGCACUAAUAUUAAAGUUGCAUUGAUUUUAUGAGCAUAUCUACAUACAUACAUACCUAUGUAUGUAUGUAUGUAUAUGCUUAUGUAUCAACAUUCAUACAUAUGUAUUUGUGUGCUAAUGCAAUGUUUGUAGGUGAUUUGCUGUGCGAUUGAUAUUGAUAUUGUUAAAAACACACGCAACUGUAUUCAGUGAUAAAUUUUUAGAAAUUUGGCGCUCGAAGCUCUAUGAAAAUCGUUUAUAAAAAAUAUUAUAAAUUAAGUGCGCAGGCGCCAGUGAAUUGUAAAUUACAUGCACAUGCGAAGAAGGAACAAGUAUUUAAUUUUGUUGAAAAAACCCAAACCAAAUGUUUCAAAAUAAAAAAUGCAAUUAUUUGAAAAUCACAAAUGUACUUCAGAGCAAAAAAAAAUAGCAAAUAUAGCAAGGAGCUAAGUUACCAAGGUAUUAUGAAUGCGCAGAACAGUUGUUUAAGUUAUUUAUUUUUUAUUUUUUAUUAUUUCCUUUUUUCUUAAGUUAGAUAAGUUGCGCAAUUGUGGUCAAAUCACGCGAGAGGCAGAUAAUGCAUGUUCUCUUAUUUUUCGUCUUUAUUUUCCUGGUUGCUGAUGAUCGCUUUGGUUGCAUAUACAUACAUAUGUACAUGCAUGUAGUAUGCAUACUAGAUAUGAUAUAUAGUAGUGAGCGCGAAUCGAUAGC